CGCAUCGCGAACAUCGCCAAGAUGUUGGUUUAUAUUGUUCUUCGUUUCGGUGGAAUUUAAAUUUUCCGCUUUUCUCUUUCUAUUUCUUUUAUACUGUAGUGUAUAGCCUUACUUGUUUUUGUGAAUUUAUUCUAUUUCGAAUGACGGUCGUGCGCAGUUCGUGUUUAAGUUUGUUUGCGAUUAUGUGCGUGAAGUGUUUUAAGGAGAAGGAAGAAUCCACAAGCUUCCACAGCGGUCCAGAGCAGAGGAUCCGAAUUUCAAGGAACCGAUUGCCAAUGUAACCGCAUCAGUUGGACGAGAAGCAAUUCUGUCCUGCCUGGUUCAAGAUUUAGCUGGGUAUAAAGUGACGUCGCGAGAACGCGAGUUGACGGAAAGUAUACAGAUCCGGGACAAGUGGAACUAGCGGUGGACUCUCGGAUGCAGAUAUCAAGGCCGGUGUCUGUAAAUCUGCCAGGUACCGGUGUGAAACGGUGGGCGGUUGGAUUAGGAGGCAGACUGGUCGAGGACUGGUCGACCACCUAGUCGGAAACGCGGCAUGAACUAUUGCAUUUGAUAUCCACACCGAUGAAUGGAAACGGUGAAGCCAUAUCCACGGUUAGCGCCAUCCCUGGCCACGAUGUACGCGAAUGUUGCUUGGCUACGGGUGGAUACUCAAACCAUACUGACGAUAGCCACUCACGUAAUCACGAAGAACCAUCGGAUAGCUGUUUCUCAUAGCGAUCAUCGUACAUGGUUUCUCCACAUACGAGAAGUAAGAGAAUCUGACAGGGGAUGGUACAUGUGUCAGAUUAAUACGGAUCCAAUGAAAAGUCAAAUCGGUUAUCUGGAAGUUGUCGUUCCGCCAGACAUUUUGGAUUACCAGACAAGCACAGACAUGGUGGUGCGAGAGGGUAGCAACGUGACCUUACGUUGCACUGCAACAGGAUCACCGGAACCUAACAUCGUCUGGAAACGCGAGGAUGGUCAAAAAAUAAUUCUGGAGAACGGAACGAAAGUGUCGAGCGUCGGAGGAACAAACUUUAACAUUAGCAAAGUAACUCGAUUACACAUGGGAUCGUAUCUUUGUAUCGCGUCCAAUGGAGUGCCACCCACGGUUAGCAAAAGGAUUAUGCUUAUCGUUCAUUUUCCUCCAAUGAUUUGGGUGCAAAAUCAAUUGGUUGGUGCCAGGGAGGGAGAGCAAUUGACUUUGGAGUGCGACUCGGAAGCUUAUCCCAAAUCCAUCAAUUAUUGGACAAGGGAUAAGGACGAAAUAGUUCCACAAGGAGGAAAAUACGAACCUAUUCUGCUGGAUAACGCCUAUAAAGUUCAGAUGAAACUUACAAUAAGUUCUGUCAGUCCAUCUGAUUUCGGAACGUACAAGUGUGUGUCCAGAAAUUCAUUAGGCGAUACCGAUGGCACCAUUAAAGUUUAUCCAAGAAUAUCAAAUUCUAGUAAUGGUAACAUACAAUACAAAGGAAAGUUUCGACACAACUCGGGAAACGACAUUUUCGAGGGAAAUCAGGACAUGCUAAAAGAGCGAGAUUUGAAGCUGCGAGGUCGUAAAGAAACCAGCGGAAAUGAAGGGGACGAUUACGAUGAUUCUGGAGUGGCGACGGAAGAGAACUCUUUUAGCCUGAUUUUCGCUUUGGUUACACUUAUCAUUUAUUACCAUCAUCAUCCUCAGUUAAGAACGCUCCAUCCAGCUUGAAAAUUUCACCAUUUGCACGCCAUCUUAUCGUCGAAUUUCUCUUUCGAACGCGACACGUGGAAAAUCUGUAAAUUCAUUUGGAAAUCCAUCGCUCAGGGACUUCGCUCGAGGAUAAAUUAUCAAGAAUCGUGCUGACCACUUACACUGUAUUAUAAAGCAUCAUCAUAUGUAACGAUAUUAGCUAUUAAUUUAGUGAAUUAAGUAUAACACAUUCUUCGUCAUGGAAAAAAAAACGCAGCAAGCAAUAAGUAACAGUCUCGAGAAGAAACUUUUGCUGGAAUUGAAUUAAACAUAGAUUAGUACAGGGUACAACUGUAAAAUGAGUGGUUCUCUGGUACAAGAAUAUGUGGAAAAGAUAACAGAAAAUUUCUGCUUUAAAGCGAAUUCGUUUCCAAGAAAAUCGAUUUUUAGGUAUUUGUAGAAUUCACAGCGUGGUUGGUCUGGUUUCCUUUGAUAUUUUAAUUAUCUAUUUGAAUUGUUAGUUAGUUACAAACGUGAAAAAAUAUCUGCGAAGUGUUUCAAAGAUUAGAAACUGCAAUGGAAUAUUUCAAUUAAAUAAAUUAAUUAUUUUUCAAAUAUUCUUCGUUUUAAAAAGUAUAAAAUUGUAUACUUAUUGAAUUAAGGCUAUGCAAAAGUUUCAACUUUUUUCUAAUAGUAUUCAACGAAUAUUCAACAUUGAUUUUCUUGAAAAUUAAAAUCUUGUAAGAACAAAUUUUACAAUUUUACAGUUGUACUGUGAUUACAUCUGGAUAGUGUAUGAUGAGCCUCGAUCAUACUCAAUUGUAUUUCAUGAUGGUACUCAAACCUAGUCAAUAUCAGACCUAACUCUUUGCUAGUGUUCAUAUAGUCAUAUAUUUUAAAGUUAAGUGCCAUUUUGCUGCGAAUCUUGCGCUCGUUUCUUGCCAUAUUCAGUGUUGGAUUUUCAAAUCAUUGAAUUUCAAACAAUUCAUUGAGAAUUUUCAGAACUUAGAAUAAUUAAUUUUAUUAGAAUUUCCAGGAUAUUUAUUUAGGGUUUUGAUUAGAAUAAUCUAUAUAUCUAGAAUGUAUCUAGGAUAUUUAGGUUUUCAUUUAAGAUAAUUUAUUUAUUGAUAAGGAUACUUUAGAAGGAUAGAUCCGGUUAAAAAUUAACUACUAUUUGUUUCUCACUGUACAACAAAUUCUACAAAAAGGAGCACCAUAAUAAGAAUAAAACAAACAGAAUAUAAAUAGAGUUUCGUUAACCUUUCAUAUUCAGUAGGCUUUCUCAUAUGAAAUGUGUUCGAAUGUGCACUCAAGGUUUUGAUUUGCAUCAGAAUUCAUUGUCAACUCAUUUGAUUACCUUCAAAUUGGUUCCUAUAAAAUCAAGACAUAUCACAUUUCACAUAGUCAACAAUUCUUUCUCUAAGCAAACAGUUCAAUUCUUUCUAUUUUAGAUUCAUGUAACUAGGUAUUUGAAUAUUCAAAUAUUGUGAAGUUGGGAUUUCCAAAUCCAGUAGUGAAAGGAAUCGUGAAAAUAGAGUUGUCAUAUAGAUAACCCUGUUUUUCACGAAUUCCUAUAAUAUAUAUAUAUAUAUUUUGUUAUGAAAUGGUCUAGCAGAAACAGAACAUCCCAAUAGCUAUAUCGUUUUUUAGAAACUUAAUUAUAAAAAAUAUUGAAAAAAUUAUUUUCAUGAUGAUAUAGAUUCAACGAAUUUUCAUUCAAUAAUCUUAAACUGGAGUUUUAUAAAUAAAUUUUACACCAGUUUUAUAUUCUCACUGAUAUGUAUUGUAACAGUGAUUGAUUUGCAAUUAUCACACAUAAAUAAUCUUGUGUAAAUUGUGUCCUUAAUAAUAAUUAAAAUGUUCUCUUUCUGGUAAACCAGAGCUGAAUUGUAGUAGAUUUGAUUUUAACAGAAUCAUUACUACAUGGUUACUCAAAAUGGAUAUUGGAAUUUUUGAAUAUUUGAAAAUGUGUAAAUUACUUCAAAUGAUAAAUAAUUAUCCAAAUUUAAUUUCUCACUUUAUAUUAUUUUUAAAUAUGCCGUCUAUUGACUCGCAUUUAAAUUCUCUUCUGAUGUUAUCAAAAUGCUAAGAUACCAAUUUCUUUCACAUUCUUUUUGAAGUUUUUAGAAAUUAAAAAAAAAACACUUUUUUUAUAUGUAAUAAAAAUAACUGAGAUCGGUUAUUUAGUAUUUAAUGUAAUUCACAGUUUCAAAUAUUGAAAUGAUAAUGAUGUUCUUUUUGAAUUAGCCUGUAUAUAGAGCCCGUAAUUGUAAGCACUCAAUAGGGAACGCUUUAAUAUAAUUAACACCAGCCGCCUCGGUGGAAGCGUCCAAUGUUUUUACCAAGAACAAUGUAACUAAAUAGCAAUGAACGAAAUAACUAUGAAUGUACACAUUAAUGUACAUGUACAUAUACACUCGAUAUAUGCAUAUUGUAGCUUGUGCAUCUGUAUAGCGUAUGGUAUAUGUGUAUAUAACUAUAUAUAGUGUGUUAGAAUAGCGUUGUCCAAAGACUGAGAGUAUCCUUUCGACGGUCUUAAACUGCAUUAAGUAACAAUUUAUGAUUGAAACUGAAUAUCUAUGAAACUGACCUGAUUUUAGUACAUUUUUAUUAAUACGUUACAACCAAAAUCCGCAGAUCUACGUUAUAUGAGACGACGUAGAUACCCCUUUAGACGUCAGAAUUUUAUAAUUUCUUCCCGGAGUCAAUGUGUUAAAGAAAUGAAAAACAAAUACAUUUUGUUACAAUAAUGGAAUAAAAUUAUAUUUUAAUUGAACCCCUUAAACAUUAUGAUUGUCACGACUUGUCAUGAUCUUUAUUUAAACAAAAACCGUGUAUAUUAUUAUACAUAUUUAAAAGUAUUGUAUAUAAGAAAAAUGAUAAAACGUACAAAAAUUUAUUCUUUUGUACAUCGCGUUGGAUAAAGCAUUAGGGAAGUAUUUUAAAAACUAAUCUUACCAUUGAAAAAGAAAAACAAUUUAUUCUAAUGGGACAUUUAAAUACGUAAAAAUUUUGGUCAUUUCUUACAGGGAAAUACAGAACAUAAUUGUUUAAGGGGUUAAUUAUUUUAUUUAACGAAUCAGAAAAAAUAAACAAAUUAAACCUUUUACAUUUUUAUCAUUAAGUAUAAUUAAGUACCUAAGUAUCUUCGUUUCAUUAAAAAUUUGUAUUUGAAAAUGAUUUGAAUAAUGCCCAAUUUUGAUAUCGUGCAAAUUAGGUGCAUUUCAAGAAGUUUUUAAUUUUUUGUACGAAUCGUAAUAAGAAAGACAAAUGCAAAUCGAACGAAGGUUGUAAACUGAAGCCUAAAACUUAACGAUUGGAGAAUUGUUUUGAAAAUGAGGAGAAAAGAGUGGAAAUGUUGGGUUUAGCGUCAGAAAAGAUUUUUAUAUGAAAACCAUAGUGUUCAAUAAGCAUGUGUACUUACAUGGUCUGUUACAAAAGUAAUGAGUAAAGGUACAUUUUUUUGCUAAAUGAAAUGGUUCUGUUUGAAGUAGAAAAUUAUUUCCAUUGAUAAUAAUUUAUUUUAUUUUCAACUUUUAUAUUCUUCUGUCGCUCUUUGAUAUAUUUAUAUGCACAAUUGGGUUAAUUGUUCCCCAUAGAUUUUAGGAUAAACAUAGUACCAAAUAUUUUGCGGUUAUUAAAAAUACAUCGAAUAGACAGAAAUAAAUUUCAGUAUCUACAAAUCUAUUGACAGUGUAUGUGAUAAGUAUUGCAUUGAUAUGAUUGAUUUAGUACUUUUAGUUUAAAAAUUCAAUAUAUUGGCUAAUAUAUAACAUAAUCAUAAUGAAAUAUCGUGUAAUAACAAAUUAGUCCACAUUUUUCUUGAUACUCUAUAAAUUUUCGUCCGCUAUGCAUCCUAAUAUUGUACAUAUCCAUGUAAACAGUAUUACAACAUUCUUGUUUAUUCGCUGUCACGAAAGUGUGUAAGGUGUUCACGGAACAAAAGGAAAAAAUACUUAAUUAUUAACCCUUGAACAGCAGAGUUUGAGUCAAUUGGUACAUUCAAAUUGGGGCUUUCUUCAUGGUUCGCCGCUCGAGGGUUAAACAAUAAGUUAUGGAAAUAAUUUGAAGCAUAAUGUAAUAUACAGAGGAAGGUACAGUUACAAUCAAGAAUCGUUGAAUAGUAGAAACUUACCUCGUGCUAUUCUGUUUCUCGGUACUGCAGCAUUCGGCUUCGAUUCUUGAUUAUGACUGUACCAACCCCUGCUGACCUGACAUUCAGUCGUCAGUGCUGAGCGGGUUGCAGGUUUCAGGCGCUUUUUACUCGAAUUUUUAAACGUUAAUUAUUGGAAAACAAAGCCAUAAACGCUAUUUCGUUAUUCUUGAUUUUCGUCUUAUUUUGAUCCCUAGAAUCUUCCCUUAAAAUUUUGCCCACCUGUUAUCGAACACCCUGUAUAUACAGCAAGACCGCUGGUUUCAAUUAUUUCAUUCACAAUGUAUUACAAUGAAGUUCUCAUUUAUUCUACGUCGAUGACCGACAAACAAGAAUUUAUAUAAAUAAACGUGAAAUGAAUACAUAUCGAUAAUAUUUACAAUUAGUACAAUGUACGGUAUAAAAAUGUGAAAGAAAGUAACUCUUUUAUUCUCUUUAUCUUUACAUUAACCGUAACACCUUGCAUAACAAAGUUUUGUAUUCGCAAUUAUAAAUUCAUAAUUAAAACACGAAGCUAAUACUAGUCAAUUAGAUUUUGUAUCUAUAAAUUGAGUGCAACGAAAUGAUUUGUUGGCAGGACGAAAAAUAAUUUUUAUCACAAGUACAUUUGCACUACACGUUUAAAUAAAUAAAUUGCAGGAAAUGUUUCUCAGUGAAUUUUUUUUAUAAUAUUGAAUAACAAGUAUUUUAUAUAGCAUAAUUAAAAAUACAGCUUUUGUAUUAGAACUCUUAAAGCUAAAAAUAAGCUGCCGUCGUUUCUUCGCAAACUAAAUAUUUUUAGACGAUUAAAAUAAAGACUUAAGUUUCUAGUACAAAUCUCGAUCCAACGAUUUCUACAUUUCGUAUAAGAUUUUUACAGCUUGCUCGAAAAGAGUUUACGAGUUAGAUUAUUAUCUUUUGUUCGACGAGACUUUUCGUAGAUAGAUUCAAUUAGAAUAUUUAAAGACAAAUAAAAAUAAAUAUGUGGUCGUAAUACGUAUAAUAUAAAUAAUAUUGUUAGAUGAUAAUUAGAAUGAAGGAAUUGUUGAUAACAUUACGUAAAAAAUGUAAUUUAUUUCUCGUGUCAGCGUAUAAACAUUAUUAAUAGGAAAUUUAUUAUUUAGAUUUAUUAAAUAAAGAAAACUGUAAGAUGAAAUAUAACAGAGCUAUAAUGAUUUACGUUUUGAUUAAAAAUAUUCAAAAACAAUUGAAUUAUACUUGUUUAUAAUAUGAGUAAUAUUAUCGAAAUUUUUGGGAAGAAAAAUUGUUUUAUAAUUAAUACUAAUAGUGCUAGUACUAAUAACUUUAUAAGCUUGAAUUUUCUAAAAAUUCGAGCUUAUGUAAGUAGAAUGUAAUGACUGUAACAACAUGUACAUGCGAAUAUUUUCUAUCAUCAGCAUUGUAGAUAUCAUCGUAAUCAAUGUUGAAGAAUGAUUAAUGUAAUUAAUUGCGAAAAUGCAACGUUUCUAACGAAUGCUUGUAAGUAGAAUACACAAAGAAUUAACAAGUAUAUAUAAACAAAAUAUAAUUAUACUAAAA